ACUAUCAAAUCCAGCUAUUUACCAUUCUGACAACCCUCACAACUCUUCCAACCAUCACUACAAUCUUUCCAACACCAUCAAACAUCACCAUGUCUGCCAAUCCAGGAAACGUUGUCGGAGGCCACAAGGCAAACCUCAACAACCCAAACACGUCCGACGAAUCCAAGCAGCACUCUAAGGAGGUCCUUCAGGAGAUCAAGAACGGUGGUGAUGCGAGCGCCGUAUCUUCUUCCAGUGGAGACAAGAACCCCAACAACGUUGCUGGUGGUCUUAAGGCUACGCUGAACAACCCCAACACCUCCGACGAGGCAAAGCAGAGCGCGAAGGAGAGGCUUGGUCAGGAGUAAGCCGCUGUUGCAUUCGAAUAAUGCUUCGAUGCCUUUAAGUGGAUCGAAGAGCAGUGAGACAUCCAAGCGGAAUGCGCGGAUACGGUCGUGUAGCGUUAU